AUGACUACUGUUUUCUUGUCUAUUUUCUACCUGGCCUCGGAUUCUUUUUGUAUUGACAUUCACAGGAGUGGGAAAUCUGGUCCGGAUUCGGGCGCACAUCAUUACCCCCGCCAUCGAACUACUUCUUCCGGAUCGACUGCCAGCCAGGGAGGCACACCUGGUUACGGUCCCACUUUAGAUGAACUGGAAAGUGGCAGUGGUGCUGGUUCUACACUCGGUACAGAUGAGACGAUUGUCGGCCCAACAUCGACGGAUCGUGGCUCACCGCAUACCGGGUCUGAUAUGUCAGGUCAAUCAUCCGGAGGUAGUUGGAGCAGCGGUUUGAUGGGUUGGAUGGGAAGUACAUUGAAGGCCUACUCAUCCUAUUUACCGCAUCAGGUAUCGGAGAUUUUUGCACAGGAUCGCGCGUUCGCCUACUGUCAUUUGCCAACCAAUCACGGAGGUCUGUUCUGGUCUGGUGCCGGUCGAGGCAGUCCUGUGGGUGCGGCUGCUGUAGGCGGCGAUGGAUCUGCUGGUGGAACACAUGGUAUUCAGCCCGGUGUACCACAGAAUCUCGGGCUGCACAAAGUUGCUGCCGUAGUUUUUUAUCAAAAUCAGCCCCGUCUAAUUGUGGCCGGCUUGGACGGAUUUGUGCAUACUUUUGCUAUUGAUCCCGUGAACGGCGGUGAAGCCACUCUGUUGCGCACACAACGCCUCCUUUCACCCAACCCUCAAUCCGGUUCCGGUUCAAGACCGCUUGGUCAGGGAACCGGGUCACCAUCACACAGUCCGGGCGAGGACGAUUCAACCAUUGCCGGUCCUCAGCUAACUGGCGGUCCGCAUCAUCCUGGCGUGUACAUUACUCCUGCCCCACGAACCCCGACCAACGUCGCAGCAGGUUCCACAACUACAUCUGGUCGUGCUGCCACGUUUGCGGCAGCGGUUGCCACUGGAACUUCACCAACAGAAGGUACUGAUGCACGAUUCUAG